GCUGCGGGGGGAAACGAGCAAGCGAGCGAAGCGAGUCGCGGGCACAUCUCCAAAACCCAGCCGGGAAGGAGGGACGGAGAACAACCCAGAGGGCGUGGAGACCCGGGCUCCCCUCCAACCGUGCUGGAAGCCGCUUGUGCGCUCGGUGGCGUUGCUGUCCAGGAGGACGGAAAAGCUGCUCGCCUUCCCCGGGUGCCGCUUCAAGGAGAUGUAGCAAAGAAUUUCUAUUCUCUCUUUCGGAAGAUCUAUUAGGAGAGAUGGGAUGAGGGUCUCAAGAAUUCCAGCAAUUACUUUUAUUGUAGAACCAAUAUAUCUCUUGCACAGAGAUGUUGGGAUUCUCUACCAGCUUUCUGAAAAACUGAGCCAGCAUCCAUUAACCACGAAUCAUGUCAGUGAAACUAACCUUUGCCUCCCCUGCCGAUGGGGGAAGACUCACCAGGAGCCGUUCCUUCGCUGGAUUUAGCAGCACACAAAGCCGGAUGUUGGCAAAAUCUCUCGGCAAAGGAUCCACAAGAUCCAAAAUGUCAGUAAAGUCUGCCAAGAUGUAUUCCUCCCUCCAGAAAGGGGCCGUCGUCUGCGAUCCCAAACCGCAACAAGUAAAGAAGAUUUUUGAAGCUUUGAAGAAAGGGCUUAAUGAAUAUCUGGAAAUGCAUCAAACAGAGCUGGAUUAUCUAUCAGAGUGCCACCGAGACAGAAGAAGAAAUUCCAGAUUGGGUUUCUACUAUGAUUUGGACAAGCAAAUCCGCUCUGUUGAAAGAUAUAUUAGGAAACUGGAAUUUCAAAUAAGCAAGGUAGAAGAAUUAUAUGAAGCAUACAGCAUCCAGUGUAGAUUGAGAGAUGGUGCUUCAAAUAUGAAACACGCUUUUUCCUUGUCUCCUUCCACUAAAGCAUCAAGAGAGAGCCUGGUAGAACUCUACAAAAAUCUCCAAGAAUGUACAGAGGAUAUGUGUUUGAUUGAGGGGACCCUUGAAGUACAUUUGGGGGAGUUUCACUUGAAGAUGAAAGGAUUGGUGGGUUAUGCUCGUCUCUGUCCAGGUGACCAAUAUGAGGUGUUUAUACGGCUGGGGCGCCAAAAGUGGAAAAUAAAAGGCAAGAUUCUGACAGAUGACAGUCAAACUUGGGACGAGGAAGAAAAAGUUUUCAUACCCAGCCUCCAUGAGAAUUUUGAAAUCAAGGUAACAGAACUGCGAGGACUCAGUACGAUCCUGGUUGGCACUGUAACAUGUGACAGCAUCGAUUUCUUUACAACUAGGCCUCAAACCAUCAUUGUGGAUAUAACUGAACUCGGUACCAUCAAACUACAAUUGGAAGUGCUCUGGAAUCCUUUUGAUUCCGAGAACUUAAUUUUGUCCCCUGGGUCCACCACCAAGUUUUCUGUGGGAAGUAGAAAAAACUCCAUAUACAGCUGGACUCCUCCAAACACUCCCAGCUUCCGAGAAAAAUAUUACCUUUCUGUUUUGCAACAAGGAAAGAAACAUGCAAACAUUAGGGAAGAGACCCAAGAUCCCUGCAUCCUGAGCUACUUGGCUGACUGUGAUUUUAACCUGCGUCUGAGGAGUGUAAGUCACAGCCUUACAGAGACAACUGAAGGGAGUUCAUUUAGUUCUGAAGAUCAGAAACUGACAGAAAGCAGAAACAUGACUCCGCCAUCAAAUCAAAGGAAGUUGCCACUGGCUAUUCUGCAGAAUAAUUGUGCAGAAGGAGAGGAACAGCAUGUUUCAAUAUGCCAGCCUCCUGGCCGCAGAACUUUAGAUAUCCUACAAGAGACUCCCUAUACUGACACCUCUUUAAGUAUUCCAUCAUGUCUGCUAGAACAAGACAAAGAUGGUGAUAAGUCCAUCACUCGGGACUGGCAUUGCCCUUCAGAGCAACAAAGAAAGAUUCUCUCUGUUGAACAAAGAGACUGGAAUGAUAAUGAUGAUGAUGACGCCAAACCUACUGGAAAGACCAAGUCCAUUCAGAAGAUCCUACAGGAAGUGUUAAAUUUGCUGAAGUCACAGGGUCCAAGUCCUAUCCCACUGGAGGAAUUGGAACACCAGGUCUUCUGUAUCCAGGACAAAUUAAAGCCCAAAAAGUAUCAUCCAAAACACUCUUCCAUGGAGAGUUUGAUGGUAGAGACUGUGUUGGAAAGCUUUGACUUCCUCAAUGCUGACUGCAGUGCUGAUGAACUCUCAUCCUUUGGAAGUGUAAGGACCUGCAGCACCAGCAUCUACAAUGAUGCCACUCUUUCUUCUCUGUGCUGUGAUGCCCAUAUGGAAAAGGAGUUAACCACAGGAAGUGAUGACCUGGAUAGACUCCUGGAAAUCCACCUGCAACUCUGCCGGGUCCUUCUGCAGAAACUCAUAAAGCCAAACUUAGCUCCAAUUAUCCAGGAGAACCUUUUGAAAGAAGUGUCACAACAGAAGCAUGUCUUAGAAAUAAUUUCUGCUCUGGCUUCUCCUGUGCCACGGAAAAUAACUUCAGUUGAAGAGAUUAUCCAAAAAGCCAAAAAGCAAAAACACUGCUUGAAGAUCUGGAGUGAAUGCACUGAACAGGGAAGCAUAUUAUUCUGUCCAGCAGAAAGAUUUUGGACUCCUUUGAAAUACAUAUUGAUGUUCAAAACAAAAGAGAAAUAUCGACAUCAUCUAGAAAAAGUUUUGCAGGUAUUCCUGGAACAGAUAGUUGGAGGCAUUUUAUUAGGCAACUCAAGAGAUCUUCCAGCUGAAUCUGUGACAUUAUUCCAGUUUUACAGCUACCUGGAGAAACACCAUGUAAACAACUUGGAAAAAUAUUUGAUCCGAUUUGCAAAAGAAGUGAUAUUGACAGAGGACCUGCAGCGUCCUGGGAGAAUGAAGAAAAUAAAGAAGCUGAAAGGGAAGCAGCUGAAUCAGUUGGAACCUCUGCCUCAGACCUUACGGCUCCUUGCGGUCCUGCAGCUUGAUGAGAAUCAUCGUAUAGGCAAAGCGGCCACCUUGUGCCUUUCUCGUGCAGCAGCCAACCGGAAUUUCAGGGAAAAAGCUCUUCCUUUUUACACAGAUCUCUUAAGCAACAAUGAUGCCAAACUACAGCAAGCCGCUUGUCUAGCCCUCAAAAACCUCAGAGGCAUCGAAAGUCUAGAGCAAAUUGCCACCCUCUGCCAAUCAGAAACGGAGGAAGUAAGGACCACUGCCAGAGAAGCGACCCUUUCGUUCGGAGAAAAGGGAAGAUUGGCUUUUGAAAAAAUGGACAAAAUAUGCUGUGAACUAAGAGAGGCUAUGUAUCAAGAAGCUGAAAUUGAAAUUACAAUAUUUUGAACAAGAACUUGAAAGGAGGACCCAGGAGUUAGAUGCUACAGCAAAAAGGAGUCUUCCAAGGAAAAAAAAAAAAGAAAAGUUGACUGUUAUAUUGGAAAAUAUAACGAACCAUAAUUAGAAAGAUUUUUAAGCAUCCACAUUCUAGCCUUAAAAAUAUAACUAAUAUUACACUUGCACUAUAUUUGGGUGCUGAAGAUGUAUAGUGAAACCCAAAACACCAUUUUUUUGGAUUCGAGGAAUGAGAUUGGAGAAGCUUCUUUUUUUUUCCUUCUUUUUAAUUGUUAGGUGUCCCUCUUUGGUUUCCAUUCAAGGCAAAUAUUUAUCUUCUCUGACACCAGAGGAGGCAGACUGUUAUAUAUAUAUAUAUUUAUUCAUUUAAUUCUUGUAGACCAAGAUUUUCAAAUGUAAAGUUCUAGAAUUAUUAGCUUAUUGAAGCAAAUUAACUUUUGGUUGCCUUCUAGUGGUCUCCUCCCUUCGGAGCAAAUCUCUCAGAGACCUUAAGCCUACACCAAAGGGCAAAAGUUGAGUCUGAUUAUUUCAAAUUUUAGUUAUUUUGUUUCCUUUUUACAUAAAAUAUCCUAGGGAAAACACAUCUCCCCUGUCCCCCCCCCCAAGCAACUCCCAUUCUUUGAUUUGGGGAGAGGGGCAUCUGCAAGGUUUUUAAAAAAACAUGGUGGCUACAACUGGAUUAUUGAAGCUUAUCCUGUUUUUAUUUAUUUCAUAUGCACAUGUUAAAAAGCAGACAGGGCUUUGUACAUAGCAGGGGUCUCUAACCAUGGCAACUUUAAGACUUGAGGACUUCAAUUUCCAGAAUUCUGGGAGUUGAAGUCCACAAAUCUUAAAGUUGCCAAGGUUGGAGACCCCUGGUACAUAGACUAAAACUAAGACAAAAAAAUCUUGGAUUUGUGGACUGAGAUUAGACCUUUAUGAAUAGUUUUUGGUCGUCCCCGUAGCUUCCAUUUAAGGUGAAUAUUACCAUGUUCACAUUUUUGAUAGACUUUCUCUCCCUUACUCCUUCCUCACUCCCCCACCCCGCACCUAUUUCCUAUUUCUACUUAUCCAACUAUUUGAAGAGCUGUGGUGGUGCAGUGGUUAGAAUGCAGCAUUGCAGGCUAACUCUGUCCAGGGUCAGGAGUUUGAUCCUGAUUGACUCAGCCUUCCAUCCUUCCGAGGUUGGUAAAAUGUGUACCCAGGUUGUUGGGGGAAAUAUGCUGACUCUGUAAACUGCUUUGGGAGGGCUGUAAACCACUCUGAAACGGUAUAUAAGUCUUAGUGCUAUUGUGUUGAAGGGCAUCCAGCCAGUAACCACUCAGCUCUAUUCAGUCACUCUGAUUUUACCCCAAAUUGAGGAAUUACAGGAUCGGAAAAAGGGGGAGUUACUUAUCCAUCUCUUGAGUGGAUAUUUCCAUUAAUGUAAUUUGAAUACACUGGAAUAAAAUUAGUAGAAAAAAAAAUCCAAAUAUCCCAAGAAAUAGUUUUGGAAACAUUUUAUUGUCUCCUAAAGAUUUGAAUAGAUAAAUUGAAAUUAUGUCUUUAUUUCUGUAAAUGAAGUUUAAAAUGACAGUAUGCAAUAAAUAAUACACCGGAUACAAAAGAAAAACCAUUCCCUCCCAUUCUAAGGCUCCUUUGGAAACAGUAACAAAGAAUCAUUUUUUAAAGGGCUUCUAGUGGUCACCUGAAAUAUAUUUUUAUAAUGUUUUCAUUCAUCUUGGCAACACCUGGUGGUAUGGAGUAAACAGGCAUUAAGGCUUUGAAUGCACAAUGUGAUUUUCCUUUGACUGAUAAUGGUUGACCAUUCCAAAUUUGGACCAUUCCAAAUGUAGGUUUUCAUCACUUAAUCAAAAUCCUUUUAUACAGUAUAUAUUUUGCUCUGUAUUUUUCAGUAUUUAUUGCUAAGACUAGUUUGAAUAUUCAGUUUUUAAAAAAGAUUUUAUUAAAAUAUCUGAAAAGGAUUUUCAUUUUCAAGUGGUCAUUUACAUAACAUUCAACAACAAAAUGAAAUGAGAGUUUCAGGGAAUAGUCAAUUUCAUUUGGGUAAAUUUGUUUGACUUUGAGGUGCUGGAGAAGAGACAGAAAUUAACUACUUAGGGGGAAAGUUGCAAUGGAUGGAAACUAUUGCAUGAAAUGGGCAGGCCAUAAUAUACUCAUCUGCAGCUCAAUUGUUCAAGAUUGGACCCUUUGUGUUUAUUUUUAUUGGGCUAAACCUAUUUCUAUGUACUACAUAGCAAUCUUAAUAAGUUUUUCUCCUUCAGGCCAAUAAGUUUUGGUGGUUGUUUUGCUAAACAAUAGCAGUGGAAUGUGAUAGGGGGUUGGACUAGAAGACCUCCAAGGUCCCUUCCAACUCUGUUGUUCUAUUCUAUAGUCAUUUUUAAUUCUUGAUGACUGCAUGGACAAGUCUAUGAAGUUUUGUUAUUUUAUGAAAUUUGUUUUCAGAAGUGGGUUGCACUACUUUCUUCCUAAUACUGAGGGAGGGCCGAUCUUAAUGUCACCCAGCAGACUUCAUGCUUGAGGCUGGAUCAGAACUCAUGAUCUCUCAGCUUUCAGUUCACUGCCUUUAACUUCCACAUCAAUCUGGCUAUUACCAGGGUUGUUUUUUUUUUAAAUCCACAUUGACCAAAUAAUAUUAUACUGGAAGAGACUUGACAUGUUUAGACCUUAGAUUUUGCAUUCAGUCUUUCUGGCUAAUAUUCUCUAGAACAGUCUUCUAGGAGUGAUGUUGGCACCUCUGGAAGGGCAAUUCCAUAAAUGAGUCUGUGAAAUUAUUGAUACAAAUUCUAUUGACUAUCUUAUCAGGUUGUUUCUUCAGCAAGAGCCUCCUUUGUGAAAAGCUGCAAAUCUGUACAAACUAUGAAGUCUUUCCUAAUUUGUGUCUCUUGCUAAACAAGCAUUGGGAGCCUCUCCCCUCCCCACCCCAUGUCUUUCCUUUUUGCAAGAUAAAGGCUGAAUGUAAAAUAUUUUUCACCAAUUAAAGUAUUUAUUGGUAUAUGAGAUUAGGAGAUUGCUAAUCUUUUACCACAGCAAAUGGGAUAAACCCUCAUCCUAAUCAAGCAUGGAAUCUUUUCCCACAAGUGCCUACCAAUUUAUGAGAACUGGCUAGCCUGCAAUU